AUGACGCGAGUCACGAAUUUCGGGCGGAAGCGAACCUAUGUACAGGCAGGCUUCGACAACGAGCUUGAGACGCAAGAACCUAGCAGUACCUCUGCUGGUGGCCAGCAGGCGGACGCAUCGGGAAAAACUAGUCAGGAUCCAGAGACGAAGAAACAGAAACGUAUACGAUCAAAGAAAACGAAGCUUUCGGACACAGAAGCGAAAGCGGCGCACAAGGUAGUAAACGAAGGAGACAACACAGAGGGCGGAGAGUGUGUGGAACAGGUUGAGGGUGGUCCAGAGCGAUCCACCAAGAAGGACAGAUAUGACGACAAGGAGAAGAAGAGAAAUCAAGUCGAUAAACGCCGUUCAAUAGAGCAACGUAGACUGAAGCGUAUCGAUCAUAGGCACUCCGAGACAAUCUGUUUCGCAUGCAGAGAGAAAGGGCACACGGCGAGAGAUUGCACCAAUUCAAUAGCUGCGGACGCCCUGGGAGGCGAGCCAGGCAAAUCCAAGUCGGGACGAGAUACCGUUGGAAUCUGCUACAGAUGCGGGUCACGUCGGCACACUUUGUCGAGAUGCAAAGAGCCCGUGAACCCGGAAAGCCCCCUGCCCUUCGCGUCCUGCUUCGUAUGCUCCGGCAAAGGCCAUCUUGCGUCAAAAUGCCCGAAAAACCAAUCAAAAGGCAUAUAUCCCAAUGGUGGCUGUUGCAAGGUAUGCAAGGAGACGACUCACCUUGCGAAGGACUGCCCCAUGAGGAAACCAGACGUGGCUGCAACUACUGUAUUCGUGGGCACAGGCCAGGAAGGUGGCGCGGACGAAGACGACUUCCACACGUUCAAGAGGAGGACGCUUGAGGUAGACAAGGCAGAGAAGAUCGAAGAGAGAGUGAAGCGCAAAGCGGAGGUUAAGGUGGCGGCUCACUCUGGAGUUGUCAGGGCGUUCGGCAGUUCCGCGCCCGCUGCGACAAAGAAGAGAGUGGUCUUCUUUUGA